AUGAGGUCCGAACAACGACCGGCUGUGCUCCGCGUGGGAAACCCCCUCCCCAAGCCGACCCUCACACCCCUUCCGGGUGGUACCAAUGCUGCAAACAUCCCCCUCCCCACGCGUGCACCACCUGUCCGCAGUGCUGCUGGUACCGGGAUCACAGUAUUUCGCAUGGGAUCAGAAGGACACCAGGAUAUUGAUUUAGCUAUCCUGACAGCAUUACUAAAAGGAGCUAACGCAUCUGCUCCAGACCAGCUGAGCCUAGCUUUAGCCUGGAACAGAGUAGACAUCGCCCGCAGUCAGAUCUUUAUUUAUGGGCAACAGUGGCCGGUGGGGUCCCUUGAGCAAGCAAUGCUGGAUGCACUGGUGUUGGACAGAGUGGAUUUUGUGAAAUUACUCAUAGAAAAUGGAGUAAGCAUGCAUCGUUUUCUCACGAUCUCCCGCCUAGAGGAAUUGUACAAUACGAGACAUGGUCCAUCAAACACUCUCUAUCAUCUAGUCAGGGAUGUCAAAAAGCAAGAAUACCCAGGUUUUGGUUGGAUCUAUUUUAAGGGGAACCUACCUCCUGAUUAUCGGAUAAGUCUGAUUGAUAUUGGUUUGGUGAUAGAGUACCUGAUGGGAGGAGCAUAUCGCUGCAAUUACACCCGAAAGUGGUUCAGAACACUGUACCACAAUUUAUUUGGGCCUAAGAGGCCAAAAGCCCUGAAACUGUUGGGAAUGGAGGAUGAUGUCCCUUUGCGGCAAGGGAGAAAAACAACAAAAAAAAGAGAAGAAGAAGUUGAUAUUGAUUUGGAUGACCCUGAGAUCAAUCAUUUCCCCUUCCCAUUCCAUGAGCUGAUGGUGUGGGCUGUUCUGAUGAAGCGUCAGAAGAUGGCUCUGUUCUUCUGGCAGCAUGGGGAAGAGGCUAUGGCUAAAGCACUGGUGGCCUGUAAGCUCUGCAAAGCCAUGGCCCAUGAAGCAUCAGAAAAUGAUAUGGUGGAUGACAUAUCCCAAGAGCUGAACCAUAAUUCCAGGGACUUUGGCCAGUUGGCUGUGGAGCUGUUGGACCAGUCGUACAAGCAGGACGAGCAACUGGCAAUGAAACUGCUGACCUACGAGCUGAAGAACUGGAGCAAUGCCACAUGCUUACAGCUCGCAGUGGCAGCCAAGCACAGGGACUUCAUUGCUCACACUUGCAGCCAAAUGCUACUCACAGACAUGUGGAUGGGUCGUCUCCGGAUGCGCAAAAACUCUGGCCUAAAGGUAAUUCUAGGAAUUCUACUUCCUCCUUCAAUCCUCAGCUUGGAGUUCAAGAACAAAGAUGAUAUGCCUUACAUGUCCCAGGCCAACGAGAUCCAUCUUCAAGAGAAGGAGCCAGAGGAAGCAGAGAAGCCAGUAAAAGAAAAAGAGGAGGAGGACAUGGAACUCACUGCGAUGCUGGGACGAGGGAAUGGAGGGUCCUCAAGAAAGAAAGAGGAAGAAGAAGUUCAGAGUAGGCACAGACUGAUCCCUGUUGGAAGAAAGAUUUAUGAGUUCUACAAUGCUCCCAUCGUUAAGUUUUGGUUUUACACACUGGCAUAUAUAGGCUACUUGAUGCUGUUCAAUUAUAUAGUGUUAGUGAAGAUGGAUCGCUGGCCAUCUACACAGGAAUGGAUUGUCAUCUCAUACAUUUUCACUCUGGGAAUAGAGAAGAUGAGAGAGAUAUUGAUGUCAGAGCCUGGAAAACUGUUACAGAAAGUAAAAGUUUGGCUCCAGGAGUACUGGAAUGUUACUGAUCUCAUAGCUAUCCUCCUGUUUUCUGUUGGGAUGGUGCUUCGCCUGCAAGAUCUGCCACUCCGGAGCGAUGGCCGAGUGAUAUACUGUGUUAACAUCAUUUACUGGUAUAUACGGUUAUUAGACAUCUUUGGAGUAAACAAGUAUUUGGGACCAUAUGUUAUGAUGAUUGGGAAAAUGAUGAUAGACAUGAUGUAUUUUGUCAUCAUCAUGUUGGUGGUUCUGAUGAGUUUUGGUGUCGCAAGACAGGCUAUUCUCUUCCCCAAUGAGGAGCCUUCAUGGAAGCUGGCAAAAAAUAUUUUUUACAUGCCUUAUUGGAUGAUCUACGGAGAAGUGUUUGCAGACCAGAUAGACCGUAAGCAAGUUUAUGAUUCUCAUACUCCAAAGUCAG